GUUUUAGGGUAUGGCAAUACUCUAACCCCUUCACCAGCGGUUCCUUUCCACUUUACGCGAUGAUGAAUUGAACCUACUAGGCUCUUGAUAUUGGGCCAUGCGAACAGCGCUUCCCUGAACUGCUGAAUUCUCUAGCAGCCUUCACCGCAACAUCCACCAUCAGUGACAGGCACCUCAAGAUCCUUCACUGCAAUCUCGUGCUCUCUACACUCACACCGCCUUCACUUGUCACUUACUUGGACCCUUAUUCGACACGCACCAAGUGUUCAACUAUCUCGAAAGCUGCGUUCCUCUCCCACAUUGACUGACAACCGUCGAACCUCUUCUGCACUGACCUUAGCCGAUCCGUCCACAAGCAACAAAUCCUACUUAGGACACGAUGGGCAAGACCAAGCCUCGAGGCCGCGGCCAACGCGCGGCAACUGCAACGCCACAGAGUACGAAACCGGUGUGGAAGACCGUGGUCGAUUUGACAAGUGACCCACACUCCAUCAGUUCAUCAGCUCCCAUCCGCCAGCCUACAGCCCUGUCACCUGCCUUUGGCUCCAAGACGAAUACAACGAUCGAGGUGCCUUCAGAUCCAAAGAUGAGCCCGGCCUACCUUUUCCAGCAGAUGGCUCUUAUGAAGAAUCGAGCGAACGUUCGACCUUCCUUUUCCAGCACAAUCCAUGCUGAGCCCGAUCACGGUUCGAGUUCUGAUGUCAGCUCUGAAGAUAAAGAGAAUACUCCAACCCCGAGACAGCGCAAAGUGAAGGACAACCCACAAGAAAAGCCGAAGGAGAUUCCAGGAAAACAAACAUUCGACGGAGCCCAGGACAAGGACAAGGCAGCGAACCGCACAACAAAUGUCAGAGGUAAAGACAAAGGCGCCUCCCAGGCAGGAAAGGACGAUGCCAGGCUCGAGCAACAAAAAGACAAGAGCAAGACCGAGCAAGAAGGAGAACCGAACUCUAUCGAAACCCCUAGCAAGAAGUCAAAGCCAAAGAAGAAACGUAAGGCUCGCGACGAGGAGGAGGAACACGAAGGGUCGAGUAGUCACAAGAGAGACCAACAGAAGGGCCCAAAGUCUGAAGCUGGUAAAUCCAAAAAGCGCAAGCGGAACCAUGACGAUGAUGAGCACAGCAAAAUGACUGCGGAAGCUCAAGCCAUCAAGCUACUUCGCGAGACACUCCCAGGCAGCCGACUGUCCCGCGUUCGGAAUCAGCUCGUACAGGCAUUAGGAUGCGAUCCGACGGAGUUGACCGUGUUGGUUACUACAGCUAGAGAUACCAUCAUCGACCUGGCUAAACAGCAAGUGGCCCAGACGGAGAGAUCAUAUAACGCCAUUCAAGCCGAGUUGUUGGGAAUGCUGAAGGAGCAGAAUGAGAGACUCGAACGAUUCGAGGGCCGAGCCAAAGCUGCUAUCGAGGCGCGUCGUUCAACUCCUGAUUCCGACUCUAGCUCUGAUUCCGAGUUGGAGGUGUCAGAGGAAGAACAAGCUCCAAAGCGACAUAAGAGCCGUGGACGCGGACGAACGGUCAGUCCCGUCUCGGUUCGUCGACGAGCUUCUACCACCGGACCUCACUCUCGAAGUGCUGGUUGUCAAGACUAUGUCCAAUGAGAAACCUGCCAUAUCAACCAAUGUAUUGGCGCCAAUUCGGUAAUAUGGAGACCGUUUCCACCAGGUAUCAGGGAACAGGUUUCAAAGUACGGGCAGGGGUUGUCACACUAGAUCCAUCAGAACAUCGAGCGUUGAAGGAAUCACAGCUAUGGACAUGAUAUUUGAUGAGAAGAAGAACCAAGCUCGAACCAAGAUAUGGUCAAUCUCCGAGGGCCAUGAGGUGAGAGUUACAGUGUUUUUAUUGUGGAGAGAUGAAGAGGAGCUGUAUGCUUACCCCUUGGCUUUUACAGUAGCUAGUUCAAUUCAAGACCAAGCUUCAACGCUC